UCAGAGAAAUGAGAUACACAGUCUGUUAUGGAGAAAGGACUGUGUUCCGCAAUGAAGUCUGUAUUCGUAAUAAUUUUGAAUACUAAUGUGGUUAAUAGCGCGUGUUUAAAACGUGAACGGUGAUAAACCAGAAGCCAUUUGAAAAUAAUUUGAACAUCAAAUUGUGCAAGUUAAUUAAUUUAUCGCAGUGAAUACGAGUUCUCCUAUAUUGUGUCAUUGACUCGAGACAAAGUGUCAAAAUCGUUCAAGCUUGACUUGACUUGUGUUUAGCAAAAUUACAUUAAGACAAAUACUGGAGAUUUGUUUACUAAACUUUGCUCAAUCAUUCAAAAUUAGACUAUUUAAACCAUAUAUUUCUUAGCCAAUCAUCGUUACUAAGCAGAAAACUGUUAUUGCUUCUACUGUAAUUUUAUACGGAAACGAAAAGAUGUUAUUAGAUACACAGUGAAAUUAAACAUUGAAUAUUAUGGCAAAUAAGUUCUUCAUAUGAUUGACUAUUGAUAUGUGCUUAAACAUGAUACCAACGAAAAAAAAUUACCAAACACUCAUCAGGAUGUGUUUCGUUAAUGUUCUUUAUCACUGAUCACAUCUUUGCUGAGGUCAGAGAGUGAUGCCGGUUCAUCAGAUCAAUGUUAAUCCGCCUGACUGGCAACCACCUCUGUCUCUUGGUCCUUCCAAUAACAAUAGCCCUGCUACUGGUGAAGGUUUACCAGAAUGGACACCAAGGGAAUCAACAUAUGCAACAGUAGUUACGAUUAUACCGGAUCAUUGUCACUCAUCUGUGAGCACAUUGUCUUCAAGCAAUCAUGAUAUUUGCAGAAUAUGCCAUUGUGAAGGUGAAGAAGGUGCUCCUCUUUUCGCACCCUGUUAUUGCAGUGGCAGUUUACGCUAUGUACAUCAGGCUUGCCUUCAGCAAUGGAUAAAAGCUUCAGACACACGUGCUUGUGAAUUAUGUAAAUUCACAUUUAUUAUGCAUGCCAAAACAAAACCAUUUUGCGAGUGGGAAAAACUUGAAAUGUCAGCGCUAGACGUUCGUAAACUAUGGUGCGCGGUUGCUUUCCAUGCAGUAGCUGCACUUUGUGUGGCUUGGUCUUUAUAUGUACUUGUAGAACGAUCUGUGGAAGAAGCGAGACGUGGAUACGUGGACUGGUCUUUCUGGACUAAGCUAAUAGUUGUUGUAAUUGGCUCUACAGGAGGCUUAGUUUUUAUGUACAUCCAGUGCAAAGCAUACAUUACACUAUGCAGAAAAUGGCGAGCAUUUAACAGAGUAAUAUUUAUUCAAAAUGCUCCUGAGAAAGUGGUGCUUCCUCCCUCACCUACAGAUUCUUUGAGAGAAGUAACGUUACCUCUGAAGGAUCCAACUGCCUCGAUGCCCGAGCUCAAUCAUACCUUAUUACCCCGUAACAUAGAUCCUCCAUGUGCCUCGCAGAUGGUAAAACCAGAUUCUACCGCGCCUCCACAGAGGCACGACGCUCAAUUGAAACUUUACGUAUUUGAUAAAUUGUCCUCGUCGGAAGACAACUUGUAAUACAGUCGGGGUAAUAUUGACGGCUGCUAAUUGUGUAUUAAUGAUUAGCAAAAAUGUAAUGCAGGCAUAAACGUAUGUCUAGAAUGAGCCGUAAUUCUAGACUACAAAUACGAUUUUGAAAAUCGAAGUUUCUAUUUCGAAACUGUCAAAUGUCCGCCCUUAUGGAGCACCUUUAUCUGAAACUUAGUACUUCAGUGCUUACAUUGACAAUGGGAUAGCUGAAAAUGUCUAGCCAUUGGGUUAACAUUUUCUCAGACAUUUGUGUACAUAAUUAUUGUAUCUGUGAUGUUAUUAAAUAAACUUUACCAUAUUUAAACAA